AUGGCUGCACAGGAACCGUCUCCACCAUCUUCCCUGGAAGGCAACAAACCGGGCUUCCCAAAGAAAAUUCUGGCCAACAGUCUGGAAGACAAGCAUCUGUGCAAUUCGUGCCAGAAAAUACUGAGAAGGCCGUUGCAAGCUCAAUGCGGUCACCGCUUUUGUUCGUUCUGUUUCAACAAAAUUGUGAGUUCUGGACCACAGAAAUGCAGCGCUUGCAUUAAAGAAGACUUAUUUGAGGAACCCACCUCCAUUCUCAAGCAAGGUGGUGCUUUCCCUGACAACGCAGCUCGGAGAGAAGUGGAGGCCUUGGCAGCUGUCUGUCCAAAUGAGGGAUGCACAUGGACGGGAACUAUCAAAGAAUUUGAGGCUAACCAUGAGGGCAACUGUGACUUCAUGAUCAUCCUGUGUCCUUCCUGUAAAGAGUUGAUGAGAGCCAACGAACAGGAGCGCCACAACGAGAGAGAAUGUCCAGAGAGGACGCUCAACUGCAAAUACUGCAAAGAACCCUUCCUGUUAAAGAACAUCAAGGCCCAUGAUGAAAUCUGUCCAAAGUACCCAAUGAUAUGUGAAGGAUGUGCAAAGAAAAAGAUCCCCAGAGAAAAGUAUGUGGACCAUAUUAAGUUCUGCAGUAAGUUUAAAGCACCAUGCCGAUUUCAUGUUGUUGGCUGCGAUACGUCUGUGGAGAAAGAGAAGAUCCAUGACCAUGAGCGGCAGUGUUCAUAUGAGCACCUUAACCUUCUCCUGCAUUUCAUCAUGGGCAUCAAGGUGAGCCUGGAGAGCUUGCAGCCCCAAAGCCUGGAUGUGGCCAGCCACAAGCUGCAGGAGCUCCACCAGUCCCUCAGGGAUCUGGAGCUGAAGAUGAGCCAGGUGGCGGGGGGUGGUCUAGCUCCCGUGCAGGGUGCAUGUGCCCCUACCCUUGCCACCUCCUUCACCCCGUUACCAAGCACUUUCGGUGCUGCCCUGGAGCUUCAACUCCAGAGUGAAAAGACCAAGGUAGCUGAGCUGAAUCGGCGCUGCCAGGAGCUAGAGCUCAAAGUGAGCACUUUCGAGAACAUCGUAUGUGUCCUCAACAGAGAGAUGGAGCACUCUUGCACCACCAUGGAGGCCUACAACCGCCAACACCGACUGGACCAGGACAAGAUCGAGAUCCUCAGCAACAAGGUUCGUCAGCUAGAAAGGACAGUGAGUCUGAGAGACCUGUCUAUUGUGGAGAUGGAUGGGAAAAUGAGAGAGAUGUCUGCAGCCACAUAUGACGGCAUUUUUGUCUGGAAGAUCUCAGAUUUCACCAAGAAGAGGCAGGACGCUGUGGCUGGCAGAGCCCCCGCUAUGUUCUCUCCUGCCUUUUAUACCAGUAAAUAUGGCUACAAGAUGUGUCUGCGGAUCUACUUGAAUGGUGACGGGACGGGCCGUGGCACCCACUUGUCCCUGUUUUUUGUGGUGAUGAGAGGACACAGCGACGCACUCCUCAAGUGGCCUUUUAAUCAGAAGGUCACCCUAAUGCUGCUCGACCAGAACAACAGGGAGCACAUAAUUGAUGCCUUCCGGCCCGACAUCUCCUCCUCAUCCUUUCAGAGGCCAGUCAGUGAUAUGAACAUCGCCAGUGGUUGCCCACUCUUCUGUCCGCUUUCCAAGUUGGACUCUAAAAACUCCUACAUCCGCGACGACACCAUCUUCAUCAAGGCCAUUGUCGACCUCACUGGGCUCUAGGCAAACGAUGGGGACAUAAAUCCAACCCUGCCUUUUGUUGCUACUAACCUGUUUGAAUCACCAGGCUUUUGUAUCACCAGUAAGUGGCGUUUCUCUUUUGGGUCUGUCGAGUUUUUGGUUUUAGAAUUUAGUGAUGGCAGCAAUAUGCAAGACCUGAGCAGGAAACUUUUUUUUGCCAUGUCCACAGUGGCUGGUGGUUUUCAGGACUUCCUUAGCCACUGUAACUAUUUUACCAAUCAAACUGAGUUUGUAUUUGUUGAAAACAUUGAUUAUGUACCAAAGUGAAAAAGUGAGGAGUGACAACACUAUAUAAGCCAAUAUUUGGCUGGUGAUAGGUGUUAAUUUCCCACCCUGGAUAAGGCUCUCAAACAGCAUUUGAACUUUUAGAAGCAUUUCAAGACCUAGGUGUGAAAUAAGUAGACAACUAAGAUGAUAGUGUCUUAAUCUGCAGUGAUCAGCCUAUGGCUUCUUGUACCAUAGAUGAGGCUCAUCAUGUUCAGUUUUACACAGAAAAAAAUACUAUAUUUUUGCUGUUUAAUUUUUAAAACAUGAGAUGGUUUGACACAAUCAGACUACUGCAUUGUAAAUAAGAUCCUCCUGUGAUCCAUAAUUGCUGCUAGCCGCUAGUUUUGUCCCAAAAUAAUUAACUUACUAGUUGCUCGUUUAACUACCAUAGCUUUCGAUCCUCCUGUUUUUGGCCAGUUGGGGCUGGACUAGAUAAAAAGAUAAAAAUUUCACAUUUAACAUAUAAUGGCCAUAACUUUAUUAAGCUGACAUGUUAGCCAUCGAUUUCUCACUUACAAAUCCAGCAGACACACAGUAACACUUGUUUACCGGGUGACGUGUCUCUGGCUACCUGAUAACUUUAACCCUUACCAUGGUCACCAGCUGUUCGCUAACUUUGCCUGUCUACAGGUGGGGUACAGUGAGUAUGAAAUCAAAACAUUUAGCGAAAAGAUGCCGAAUUGGAUAGAAUUUUUUCGCUAUGAGUGAAACUUUUUACUUUUAGUCAUUUGGCCCAUUAUUAAAUCAAAAAUUUAAAUGCAGUCAGAUGGAAAGUUGAUUGAGUUUUCUGGAACUCCACAGCAAAAAAAUGUUGCAGCAUCCUUCAAUCCAGCGUAUGCCAAGUCUUGGUAAGACCUGAAUUCCUAAAUUGACUUGAAAAGGUUUUAUUUACGCAUUUUUUAAAACCUAAAUCUUCUCUAUGAGAAGAUUGAGUGUGAGCAAAGUGGGUGCGAUCGUGACUGACGUCAAGGGUGUAAAAUAAUGUCUUUUUAAAUCAAUUUGGGAUUACGCCAGAGAGCUUUUUUUUUUUUUUUUUCUUUGGUUCCAUGAAGCUUCAGAAAUUUUCUGUGGAAAAUAAUUCACCUGCCUACUUAUUGGCAUAGGGCUAAGUAGACAAUGACUGAAUUUGCAUUUUUGGGUUAAAUUUUCUUUUAAUUUACAAAUAAUUUAUAGUGAAGCUUGAAAAACCCCCAAUUGUGCUAAACUACAAAGUGCUUUUUUGGUUACCUGAUUUUCACCAUGGUUUCUAUAUUGUAUUUUUAUACACCAACACAUUUCCAGAUUGUUUUUAAAUUAGAAACUGAAAAUAAUGAGCCUUAGACUAGUGGGCAUCAUACCUAUGUAGUUUAAACCACCCGCAAACACAUUGGAAGGUCAUGUAGGUAUAGGCGCUUGCGCUCACCGUCUGUGUGUACUAAUACACAUUUGGUUAACUAAUAACUUUUUUGCAUUAACAAAGGUGAAGUUUCACCUUUGUUACAGUGUUACCCAUGUAGCCUUCAGAGUAUCACUCAGCUUUGCACACAGUUUGUAGUGCGAUUGAACUUGUUUACUGUUUCUAAACAUCUAUGCCUCCAACUCUCAAGCUCUGUGUUUAAUGGUAAUCAUUUGUGGUGGUGGACAUUGCUUGAAUUCCAUGAAUUCUGAGUGCAGUAUCUUAGCUGUGAAUGUUGUUGUGUGUACUAUUCAUCUUUGCAGUUAGUUGCGUGUGUUAGUUUGCAUGUUGGAUCUGUGGAAGAUGCACUGUGUCUUGCAAGUUUGUGGGCUGUUUGUCCAGGAAACAGAUGUUUGUCAAGCUGAUUUUCCCAAAUGGAUAUAUGACAUAUUUUGAUAAAAAACGAAAACAUAUAUUUGCAUAAAGUUCUGAUAACCAAUAAUUAUUUUUGGUAUUAAACUUUGGCUUUUUCAAUAUUAGUUGGCCGUAUAUUUACAGUCACUUUUAUCAUUUUAGCAUGGAUGUAUUCAGUUUUAAAUAAUUCAGUUUAAGUUUCGUUCAGUAAAUAUUUAAUAACAAUACAAUAUUUAAUAACCGUAUAUACAAAUAUUAAAAUGGCCAAAACAGUAUAAAUAUAAUAAAUAUAUCUGCACAAUGAAUAGGUACAUAUUUACCUACAUGACAGGUGUAUCAAAAAUAUGUCCACUGCAGUGUCUUCACAAAAUACUGAUUUCCAUUUUUUUCUACAUUUCAUAGUAUUGCAUAAAUUAGUCUUUUCAAGCUUAAUAUAUUCAUAAAGCCCAAAGUGCUAACAUUUUUGUGUCUAAGUAGUUUAAGACUUGUUUGGAGCAAAAAUUGUUUUGGAACAACCAGCAACUUUACAGUUUUAAUCAUUCACGAUGGGUUAUUUAGAACACACUACGUGGUGAUCCAAAGGGAACCUUACUCAACAAAGGGUUAGGGACAAAUAUUUCCCUCUCAAGUGUUCAGUGUUGGACUGGCAAAGAUGUAUUGUGAGACACUGUUGACAUAUAAAGUGCCACCUCCAACAUGGCGUUCUUUUGUCUGUUAUUCUAUGUGCCAUUUCCUCGUAAUGAUCGAUUAGCAGUUAAACCUGUUUAUUUAUUUUUUAUUUUACAAGAUCAUAACUUACUCUCAUGUUUCCUAAAGCAGCACUUGCACACACACAACUUACAUGUAAGAUGUUUUUAAGUAAGUUGAAAAACAACACAGAACUGUUUAAUACUUGGAUUUACUCAGAUGUUAUUCAGAUAUCAAUGAAACUAAUGCAGCAAAUGGCAUACAGUUCUCUGCUUCUUUCCCAUUAUCAUACAUGUUACUGAGUUGAGAUCUUGAAAGAAAGGAAACUUUGAUCUAGUGGCCGCUGCUGCUGCUGCUGCUGCUGCAACAUGACUCUCACACGCUGUGAAACCUAAAAUGAAGCAGUGUAGUUUCAUUAAUAUACUGGUCAUUUAUUGUGAAUGUUGUUCUGUCAUCAUUUCUCUUAUUAGACAUGUUGAGUACAAAUGUUUAUCUUUACCGGUUGAAAUGACACUUUUUUAUGGGAUAAUUUUUGGGGUAUAUAUGUUCUCUUUUCUUGUUCAUAACUUUACAACUAGAUAAUGUUCUCAUGAACAUUUAUUACGACCAUGUGUGGCAUUUAGGGCGCAAGAUUUUCUUUACAAAUGUCUAAAGAAGGACUUGCAGACUUGUGGACAACAUGUGCUGAAAUGUCACACCUAUAGGUAGUAGUUAAUGUGAGCAUAAUCUAGCGUGCCAACUCACCUUUUGUAUUUCGCAAAUAACAUACACACCACAAAUAGAAAGAAAUUUGAAGACACAGAAUCAGAAAUCAUCCCAUAAGAAAAGUGUAAUUUCAGCCUGAAAAGAUUAAUAUCGUGCAUGAAAAGAAGAAGAGAAGAGAAGCUGACUGCUCAGUUGCCUUUUUAAAAAAAAAAUUAUUUCAUUACUUAAUGUAAAAAUGUCAAUUAACAAAGAAAAUGUGUGCUCACGAUAACAGUGGUGACUGAAAUGAAAAAGAAAUUGAAACAAGUCAUUGUUUUUUUGUUUUAAGUUACUUUUAGCCUUCUGCAAGUGGGUAAUUCCACCACUGUAAAGGUUCGAGAUUGCUGUCUUAGAGGAGCCUCUGUUCCUCACUGCAUCUGCUUGACAGGAAAGGAAAUCUGGUAUUAUAAUAUCCUUAGGUCCAUAUUUGGCUGGAGAGUAAAUGUUUAACAUUUAACAAUUGUUACAAGUGAAUAAUCGUAUGGCAAUUUUCGUGGGUUACUCCUCACAAGAACUUUUGUUACAGUUCCCGGUUCCUCAGGAACCCUGGUGUCGUGGCAUGCAGUUUCAUCAGAUAAUCACAGCUCGAAUCGCACAUGUAUUUCUUUUUUGUCUUCACAACCAGUCACUUAAUUUGGAGACACAUUAGGAUUUUUCAGCUAUGUGUGGAUGUGUGAGAAUCUUAAAUCAUGUAACCCAAUGCUGUAAUAGUACUAAUGCAGAAACCACCAGGCUUUGUUGAACACUUUGUGAAGACACUGGGUGAUAAUUCCAUCUGGGUGUGGCCUUUGGCUGUGCUUAGACACACAGACAUGUCGAGGCUGGAACUGAGAUGUGAAUGCCUCGGGAUGAAAGCAGAGCUUAGGUAUUAAAAGAGAAAAUGGUUGAUGUUAUUGUAAUAUUCUCCUAUUUUUUGCUUUCCUUGCAGCUUAGAACUGACCUACUUUUUAAAGAAAAAGUGCCUGUACCUUUUUUUUUUUUAUGUCUCAUGAGCCCACUCAGUUGUGGAUGUGCUUUUUUGUGAGUUUGAACCUACUAAAAUGUGAAACUUUAUAUUUUGUGCAGUGUAUUUUUAAUUUGUAUUUCUUUCUAAUUGUUGUCCCUUAUGAAGCUCCCCUUUACUACCAUUUGAUGUGACAAAAUCUAAGUGACUAAGAAUGUUUUUUUUGCAUACAUAAAACUAGUGAAUGUUACAGUAUUUAUUUCAUUUAAUCAUAUAUCAAACUAGGUCAAGACCCAAACACAUCCAACAUGUUUUUAAACCUCAAGCAAGUACUGGAACCUCUCUGUGCAUGGGAUGUUUCAGUUAUUUUGGCUUAAUAAUUUUAUGAAACACUGGUUGCGACUAACAUUUUAUUAUUUUAUGAUCAAAAUAUACAGCAUGUGUGUGUGGUACAGACACAAUGUGCUUGAGUUUGAUGAGGUGUGUGUUGCUGUGAGAGACUUAAACAUAUAUAAAUAGUAUAUAGAUUAUAUCUAUUAAAGUAAAAAGGUUAUACUGUGUGUUGAGAUUGUUUAAAAGCAUGUUGUGGGUUGUUUGGCUAAUUGUGAAAAGAUGUAAUCUGACCACAAUAGGUUGCAGCUUAUGUUCCUGAGCCUGACACAGACAUACUGUAGGGUCCAAAAGUCUUAGACCAUUUGUAAUACUUCAGUUUUGUUUUGAAUUUGAAUUUGUUUUGUAAUCUUAUACUAUUUUUUUAUUUUUUAUUAUUACAGAUGACGAUAUAAGCUAAACAAUGUAGUGGAAAUGGAAUCUUUGGAAAUGUCCAUGCCUUUCAGAGUUUCUGUAGUGUUUGGUUUGUCCCCCUUUUGCUUUAAUGACAGAAUGCACUUGGGUCUGCAUGGACUCAAGUAAGUGUAAAACCUGUAGACUAUGUGAUCCCAGCAGGAUCUGAAGCAUUCCACAAAGCUUUGUCAUGUGCUUGGAUUUCUCUGUCUUCAGGUGCCCCCACAAAUUUCCAAUGGGUGUGAGGUCAAGUGGGAAUUACUAAAUACUAAGAUAUUUUGAAAUUCAUAAACAUUUUUCAAAAAUUCAACCUUUUACUCAAACUGUUACGCUGAUAUCAUUUGUAAUAAUACAUUUAUAAGUAUUUGGACCAGUGGUCUCACAUAGUUUUUGCUCAUAAGAACAUAUGUUGUUACUGUUGCACAUUAUGUAGACUGCAUUUUGCAUGUAUGACUGUGGCCUCAAAUAAAUUAGCUGCUACAUUCAUUGGGUGAUGGCCACAACAAAACACACAGUUGGCUCCAUCUAGUGGCAAGUAACAUAUUAAAAAAGAUGCCAUAGCUGAGUAUGAGGUUGCAAUUAGUGUAAGUGGACACAAAAUAGCAGCGCUCUAUGUGUGUCUUCUCCUCGCCCUUUCAUGUCAGAUGUGUUACCUGAUGUUGGCUGGGACUCCAGAAUUCUUCAUAGCUGAUGAACGUAACAAAAGGACUUCCCAUUUGAUUCCCAUCUGAUAAAUGUCACAUUUGGCAUACAUACACAUUUGUCUGUUUUCCGCUGGCUGCAGCUUGAUCUGUCGUAUGGAUGGGACAGAACCUUCUCUAAACCCCAGCUGGGAAAUGAUUCACAUUUGACCCAGUUGAUGUUAUGCUGUAUCAGCGAUAUUGAUUUGUAUAGGAAAUGCCACACUGCCUCACUGUUACUGCAACAGAAUUAAGAAUAUGUCAAUGUGAUGUAUGUAUUUCAAAUAACACUUCAGAACUGUCCAACUGAAACAGGUCGGCUGGUGUUUAUUUACCUGUGUAUUUCUCUGUUUCUCUCUAAAGCCCUUGUUGAGAUUAAGAUGAAGAGCUUUCAUCUGUAGCAAUGAUAUUAAACUGCAAUCUACUUGUUGUUUUCUCUGCUACAUUGUGUGGAUAGUGACUUGUGUGUUAGUAAAUUCUUUGUACUACAGGAAAUUUGUUCCAAAUUUGUAUUUACUUUUGUUUUAUUAAAGGUUUUAAGAUGCCCUC